AUGAAACCAUCUAAACUGCAAGAUCAUCUAAGAAGAUGCCACCCUGAUAAAACAGAGAAAGAUUUGAGAUACUUUCAAACACUCAAAGAUAAAGUUCAGAAGAGACCUACACUGGACAGAAUGUUCGCUUCGACGUCACAAAGAAAUGAUGAUGGUUUGCGGGCGUCUUACAAUAUCUCGUUACUUAUAGCAAAAUCCGGAAAACCGCAUACUAUCGGAGAGAAGUUAAUUUUGCCAGCCGUUGAAGAGGUUUUAAAAACUGUUUUACACAAACCUGCAUCUGAUAUCAUUAAAAGAAUUCUCUUAAUAACAAUACUGUUGAAAGACGUACUGAUGAAAUGA